AUGCUGUCUCCACAGUUGUUCCACAAAAUCUUUGGAGUAGCUUUUUUCCUGCUCCUGUGCUGUGCUCAAGGUAAACCAGCAGGAAUUCCUCCACUGCCCGGUUUUGUGCGCUUGCCUGAAUACGAUGAAGGCUUUAUACCAGGUUUCCUACCGCUGGUUGAUAGUGAAGUGGGAGACAUGAUCCGUCAAUUAGAACAUCAGAUUUCCAGACUUGCAGGAGUCCUCUCCUUGGAAAAGAAGAUAACUGCAUCUGGAGGAAAAAUAUUUGCUACCAAUGGGGAAAAAGCUGAUUUCCAAACUACACUGAAAAAAUGCAAAGAGGUUGGAGGGUCUAUUGCCACUCCAAGGAACCCAGGCGAGAACGAUGCCAUUCUGUACUUUGUGAAAAAUUUUAAUACCUACGCCUACCUGGGGAUAAAGGAAUCGCUAAUUCCAAGCAAUUUCCAGUUCCUGGAUGGCACACAACUGAGCUAUGCUAACUGGCAUUUAAACGAACCUUCUGGCAAAGGGAAAGAGGAAUGUGUGGAGAUGUACACUGAUGGCACUUGGAAUGACAAAAAGUGCAACCAGAAUCGCCUCAUUGUCUGUCAGUUUUAG